AUGCAAAAUGUGGCGCAGACCGCCAACAAUGGUGCCGCCGCCCAUAUAAACAUAAACGCGCCCGCCGUCGAGGGUUCACAACUCACACCCGCACCCAGCCCUGCAUUGCGCAGGAACACACCCAGCCUAAGGCCCCGCUAUCUAGAGCGCAGUUACGGGCCAAGUCCGAGCGCGAUCCCGCCCCAUGCCGUUCAAAUGUUGAAGACGCCACGGCUGCCACCGGGGGUGCAGGCUGAGAGCGCGUCAACGUUCCGUCCUGCAGCCGCCGAGCGCGACGGCGCCGCUCACCGUGCGGCCACACCCUCCCCCACCCCCAUCGCCCGGCCCCCCGUCUUCUUCCCUCUGCCCGCCGCGCCACUUAGGGGGCAGAGUCGGCCACAGGCCGCUGUGGCGGGUCCCAGCAACUCGUUGGCAGACAGGCGGCCUGUCUUCACAUUGCCGACCAAGCCCGAUGUGGCUGCAGUUGGGCCGCCGCGGGCGCAGGGUCUUGCGGCGGCCCCGAAUUCCAACCCUGCGGGUGCGGCAGGAGGCGCUGCGAACGCGCUCGCACCCUUCCCCCAGCCCAGCCAGCGCGACUCGGACCCCGCGACGGAGGACGUCCUCAUGCAAGCGGUAACUGCCAUGGGGAAGCAGGCCGAGCGGGCGUUCGGUUACCACCAGCGAUCGCAGGCGCUCUGCGAGCAAGCGAACCACCAGUUGUAUGCGGUUGUGGACUUCAGGAAGCAGAUCUUCCAGGAGAAGGCGGCGCGCAUGCGGAUGCUCGCGCAUGCCCUCCGGUGGCAGGGGUGGUCGGCGGAGGCCCUCGACGGUCACCUCGGCGAGAUGCUCGCGGAGGAUGGCGGGCCGGCGGCGGCGCUCCAGGGCGAGAUCGAGGCGAUCCGCACGGUGAUGGCCGAGGUCGACGCAGAGAGCAUGUCUGCAGCUGGGAAGACGGCGCGAGCGCUGCGCGCGGAAAAGAGGCAAAAUGCGCCUGCCGUGGAUCCUAGGAUACGACGGGAAAUCGCCGACGUGGUGAAGAGCCCGUCUGGAUGGCAGCGCAAUGCCUCCUCACGAAAACGCCGCUGGUCAGGAGAGGCCAGCGAAGAAGGGGAUGAACCCAAGGGCAGCAAGCGGGCCCGCUCCUCUCCACCCCGCGCGGAGGCGUCACCGUCUGAUGCGGCCGCCCCCCAGAAUCUGAGCAAGGGGAAGGGCAAGGCGAGAGAAGUGAGCCCUGUGCGGGAGGAGCCCGAGGAGGCGAUGGUGGUGGAGGAGCAGGAGUGUGCGACGGUGCCCGGGAUGGCGGGGAGCCUGCUGUCGGGCAGCGAGGCGGGAGAGGGGCCACGUGGAGAGGAGCAAGCAGAGAGGGAGCGUGCAGAGGAGCACGCGGAGGAGGAGCGCGGAGAGGCGGAGCACGCGGAGGAAGAACACCCAGAGGAGGACGACCAAGAUGACGGCAGCCUGCCCGAUCUAGUGAGUCCGAGUCAAACGCGCUGGUACCGCGACGACGACGACGACGACGACGACGACGACGAGGAAGAGGAGCUCGUGGACUCUGACGAUUUGCCAGAUCUGGUGACUCCAGAGCGGUUGUUCGCAUACCGCCAGCAGGAGGACGAGGAGAAGCACAGAGAGGAGGACGACACUCUGCCUGCUCUAGCGGGUCCGGCCCAAGAUGCGCUGCCACAGCGGUCAAGCCCGCCGGUCGAGAGGCCUAUGUCCCCCGUCCCGCGUCGGUCGCCGAGCGUCGAGCCGGCACAGGAAGCAGAGGCGACGCCGGCGCGCCGGAAAAGCACACGUCGCAAGAGGAAGGGCGGUCGGUGA